CCUCCCGCCCGCUCCCCCUCUCUCCCCGGCACUGCCGCAGAGGCUCCACCGCAACGCGAAGCCCACACAGCCGCUCCGGUCCGCCCCUCCUCUGGUCUGUCACGCUCGGCGGCUCCUCCGAGAGGCUCUGCUCGCUCCCUCCCGCAGCUUCACGCCGCCAGCAGGAGCAGCGGCAGCGGGAGCGGAGGGAGCAGCCCCGGCUCUCCGCCGCCUGCCCCCCGGUUGAAUAUUACAGCUUCACUUGUACUUGGGCUUUUUCCACUGAUGUCCAACACCCAGUAGACAUUCCAAACAAUAUUUGGCAGGUACUUUUGCAGCCUAAAAGCAGUCCUUCUUUGACACAGGAUGGAGGACACCUACAAAGACAGGACUUCACUAGUGAAAGGGGCCAAAGAUAUUGCUAAAGAGGUGAAGAGGCAAGCAGUGAAAAAAGUUAAUAAAGCAGUUGACAAAGCCCAGGAUGGCUACACACAGAGGUCCUACAGUCGAUUCCAGGAUGAGGAAGAUGAUGAUGAUUACUAUGGCCAAGGAGGAAGUUACGGUGUAGAAGCUAAUGAUGACGAAGGAUCAAGUGAAGCAACUGAAGGACAUGAUGAAGAUGAUGAAAUUUAUGAAGGAGAGUAUCAGGGAAUCCCCAACAUGGGGCAGGGUAAGGAUGACAUGGCAGCCUUAAGUCAGUCUAUGCGUGAUGAAUACAAGGAUCGUCAUGAACUGGAAACAGAGAGGAAAGCUGAUGAAGAAGAGCUGGCACAGCAAUAUGAAUUGAUAAUACAAGAAUGUGGCCAUGGUCGUUUCCAGUGGGCCCUCUUCUUUGUGCUAGGAAUGGCCCUAAUGGCUGAUGGGGUUGAAGUAUUUGUGGUUGGAUUUGUGUUGCCCAGUGCUGAAACAGAUAUGUGUAUACCCAAUUCUGGAUCAGGAUGGCUUGGGAGUAUCGUGUACCUUGGGAUGAUGGUGGGGGCAUUCUUCUGGGGAGGCUUGGCCGACAAGGUGGGAAGGAGACAAUCACUCCUGAUAUGUAUGUCUGUCAAUGGAUUCUUUGCCUUCCUUUCAUCCUUUGUCCAGGGCUAUGGCUUCUUCCUCUUCUGUCGCUUGUUUUCUGGAUUUGGGAUCGGUGGAACCAUGCCAACAGUCUUCUCCUAUUUUUCGGAAGUGCUCGCUAGGGAGAAACGAGGUGAACACCUGAGCUGGCUCUGCAUGUUUUGGAUGAUUGGUGGCAUCUACGCUUCCGCAAUGGCUUGGGCAAUAAUUCCUCAUUAUGGAUGGAGUUUCAGCAUGGGCUCUGCCUACCAGUUCCACAGCUGGCGAGUGUUUGUGAUUGUCUGUGCUCUGCCUUGUGUCUCUUCUGUGGUUGCCCUCACCUUCAUGCCGGAAAGCCCACGGUUCCUGCUGGAGGUUGGAAAACAUGAUGAAGCUUGGAUGAUACUCAAGCAAAUUCAUGACACAAACAUGCGUGCUCGUGGUCAGCCCGAGAAAGUCUUCACUGUUACCAGAAUCAAAACACCUAAACAGAUAGAUGAGCUCAUAGAAAUUGAGAGCGAUACUGGAACUUGGUACAGGAGGUGUUUCGUAAGAAUCCGCACAGAGCUGUAUGGUAUUUGGUUGACAUUUAUGAGAUGCUUCAACUACCCAGUGAAGGAUAAUACAAUCAAACUUACUGCUGUGUGGUUCACCCUGUCUUUUGGCUACUAUGGCUUAUCUGUCUGGUUUCCUGAUGUCAUUAAACAUCUGCAGUCAGAUGAGUAUGCAUCCCGAGUGAAACAUUUCCGCAACGAGGAGGUCUCACAUUUCGUCUUCAACUUCACACUGGAAAAUCAGAUUCACAGCAACGGAGAAUACAUCAACGACAGGUUUGUUAUGAUGAAGUUUAAAUCAGUAACCUUUGAAGACUCACUUUUUAAGAACUGUGUUUUUGAAGACAUCACUUCACUGAACACAUACUUCAGGAACUGUACUUUCGUGAAUACCACCUUCUACAACACAGAUCUCGAGCAGUAUAAAUUUGUUGACAGUGAAUUGAUAAAUUGCACAUUUUUUCACGUCAGGACAGGAUGCCAGAUUUCUUUUGAUGAUGACUACAGUGCCUACUGGAUCUACUUUGUUAAUUUCCUGGGAACUUUGGCAGUGUUACCAGGAAAUAUUGUGUCUGCUCUCCUGAUGGAUAGAAUAGGACGGUUAACGAUGCUAGGUGGUUCCAUGGUUCUUUCUGGCAUCAGCUGUUUUUUCCUGUGGUUUGGGACCAGCGAAUCCAUGAUGAUAGGUAUGCUGUGCCUCUACAAUGGCCUCACCAUCUCAGCAUGGAACUCUCUAGAUGUUAUUACUGUGGAGCUGUAUCCUACAGACAGAAGGGCAACAGGCUUUGGCUUUCUGAAUGCACUAUGCAAAGCUGCAGCUGUACUUGGAAACCUAAUAUUUGGUUCCCUUGUUGGUAUCACCAAAGCAAUCCCUAUUCUCCUUGCUUCUACUGUUCUAGUAUGUGGAGGUCUGGUAGGACUUCGGCUUCCUGAUACAAGAACCCAGGUGUUGAUGUAACUGGAAAAAACAUUCACUAUUUAUUUUCUUCUUUGUACAAAUGUCAUUCUCCUGACUGAUGGUGCAAAGGCUUCAGAUUCUCAACACACAGUAGAGUGCUCAAAUGUCAGAAAUCAAACCCAAAAGAUAUUUUGGAGUAGCAGAGAUUUAGCAACCUCUGUAUGAAAGUUUUAAAUUUCACUUUUGUUUGCUUGCAUACUUUGUUAUUCAAACCCAUUUCACUUUGAAGUGCGAAGCUACCUCUUACUACAGUUUUGGUGACAUAUCCAAGAAGGUAAAAACCAUACUGAUAAUUAGAUAUUUAAAAUGCAAGCAGUCAGAUUAUUUCAAAAACACAUGCUAAAUUUGGCCGUGGCAUUGUGGGCUUCAGUAACAGUACAGACGUGCAAGUCAAUUACUUAGCAGUAUUGGGGCAGGGAAUGUUAAUGUAUCAAUGCAUGCAGCAUUUAUCAGGAAACACCACUGAUUGCAUCAAUACUGGGAACAGUGACCUUCUGCAGCUGUGCUUAGGUGAUAAAAACUAGUGGCCAUGACUCUUCCUUGGGAAACAUUUUUAGGCAGAUUCAAUCUAAGCAAAGAUUACCAACUGCACCUCUUACUGACUGAGGAGAAGGCAACAGCUACUGCAGGGAAUUUAAAGGUCCAUAUAGGUAUGGAGCAGAGAGAAUAACAAAGUUAACAUUGUCACUUUUUGCUGCUGAUGCUCCAGAAAACUUUUGUUUUAUUCUCACUUGUGGCAUCUGGAUUUUUUUUUCAUUUAAAACAGUGAAUUUGUCUUCUUCCAGGAAUGAAUGAAUGCAAAUAGUUUUGCUGUUGUUAGUAAGAAUAAAGGCAGAAUCAGGCCAUUGAACUAUAAGGAUGAUACUUUCAGAGAUUUAUUUAGCAUUUAUAUAAAUAAAGACCUUAAUUACUUUCAUAGUUUCUAUACUUCUUAAUAUAACCAUUUUCUCGGCUAAUUUUUAAUAGUUCCAGAAAUGUCUGACCAGUUGAUAUUUUCAAAUGUCUCUUUGAAAAGCCACUAAGAAAUAAGCCAUGGCAAGACUGCAGGGAAUAGUAAUGCUUUUAUUAGACCAAGUGCAUAGAUGGAAAACAAAUGAUAGUAAAUACAUUCUUUCUAUGCUGAUUUAUGGAAAAUUCCCCAUCAGUCCUAACGCUAUGCAAGAAGUUAUGGGACCUCUUUAAAAAAUCGGCAUUACAAAUUUAAUACAGAUACAUUUAUAAAAUCAUCAAAGAAAAGAGGCAGAUCCUCUAAUGAGAAAAAAAUUGCUUUGCUUUCAGUGGAGCUAAGACAACUUAUAUUUGCUGAUUAACUAUCUGCGGUUUCAAGUGUGAAAUAACAAAUUUUCUAUAAAACAUAUGGAAAAUUUUAUUCAGUAUUUUUUUCUAAUUAUGUCUGACAGCAUUUAUUAGAUAGAUGAAUCAUUGCCAAGCAACUAAGCUUUCAAAUAAGGUCAUCAUAUAAUAAGCCAGACCUUUUUUAAUUGAUUUUUCUCUUGUUCUUAGAUGUGAACUUGGAUUUAGGUAGUAAUAUGUGGCACUGCAGUCUUUAUCAGUCAUCAUCGUUGUCAUAUUGAAAGAAUCAGUAAAGGAAGAUCAUUCAACAUAUUCAUAGUUCACUGUUUAAUCUAUUGAUUUUAGAAGUGACUUUUUCAGUUACUAACAAAUGCCUCUGCUACACAUUGUAGCACAAAAAGUGUUAGCCCAAGAUGCUGUUUUCUCCUAUGAAACGAGAAAAUUGGCAGAAUUUAAACAGCGUGAGUAUGGAAAACUAGGGGACAUUAUUUUGAUGUUGGUCAUUUAAAAAAAGUUUAGCAAGUGUGGUUAUUUUGGAGUGUUGAGAUGAAAAUAUUUGAGAUUAAAUAUUUUUAUGUUUAAAUCUGACUUCGACAUGACUCUUAAAUUUCUAAACUAUGCUAAUAAAUGAGGAAGAACUCAUUUCACUAAGGUCUAGAAAAAAAUUCUGGCCUUAGUUUUGCAUCUGUGGCCUUUUUUCCACCAAUCAUAGCCUUAAUAUUAUUUAAGGCUGUUUUCUACAAUUAAUAUUAUAUUUGAGCCAUUUUUCUCUGUGCCAUUCUUUAGUAGCACAUGUUCAACUACUUGCACAUACUGCACAAGUUAUUUUGAAAUCUGAAGCCUCUGUACAUAUUUGGAGUAAACACCAACAACAAUGGUAAAAUAUUGCUUUGUGUUGCACUGUCCUCUUGCAGUAGUAUAUUCUGUCCAUCUCUGCAUGUAAUUCCUGUAACACUCACAUGCAGCACUUCAUACCUUCUGACCAGCUUGAAGGAAAUGGGUCACAGAAAAAUAGCGUUCAGCUUUUGAGGGCUAUGAUUCAAGUUUAACAUUCUAAAAUCUCCAACAUGUAAAAUUAUGUUGAUUUCAGUGUUGGUCUUAACAUAAAUCCUGACUAUAUCAUAGGUCUGUGAUUAAGUCUGGAUGAAAUGACAUGUAGCAACAACAGGAAUUAGCAGAGAUUCUUAAAAAUGGACACUGCAUGGUCCAGAAUGAUAAUGUUCUAAGGUAGAAAAAGAAAAAAGAAUAGUGGGUAGGAAUUGGGAGAAUAAGUAAAUUAAAGAGAUGAACAAAGGAAAAAACCAAGAAUAAUUCCAACAUAUGAAACAAAACUGAAAGUUAGAAUUUUCCCAGAUGGUAAGCUAGCUGGCUCAACAGAUUUGAGCUAGUGUGCAUGCCAGCAUCAAAGUUGUUUGAAUAUUCAAUAGUUUUUGCUUGAGCACAGUAAAGAUUUAUCUCAUAAAGACAAAAAAAGUGAAUGUAAUUUCACAUUAUAAAUAACUUUGUGAGAUAGGUGAAAUCCACAGACAGGAACAGAAAUCUAUGGACAUCUGAACACAAAUGUUACUCACACUAUAAGUAAUUUGACUGGUCUUCAGCAAUUCUGUCUUUUCUUGCAGCCUCCAAAGCAAUCACAGGUAAUAAAUAUUGAACAGAAGGAUCUGCACUUUCUUUCUAUCUCUAUUCACUUAUAUGUCACACAGAGAAUCACUUAGUGGCAUGGCUAGAUUCCUAAUAUACCAGACAGAAGCAAACUUGAUAGCAUUUGUGUAUUACAGUUAUAAAACCUAUGUAAUCAAAACUGCUUAUUUGUCUCUUAUUUGUCACAGACAUAGAACUGACUGACUGCUAACUAGAAAUCCCUGUCAGUCUAAACUGAAGUAGGAUAUAACAUCUAGGAUUUUUCUGUGCAGCUGAAAAAGCUCAUCCCAACAGCAGAAAUGACAAAAAGCACAAUGACCCCUGAAAACAUAUAAGACUCACGGCAUUUAGAAUGCUAUUAACCAUAACAGUCAAAUAUUUUGAAAUUUGGAAACUGUCCACAAAAGAGACCACAUGUUUUCAUUUUUGGCAAGGAAAUUUUAUUUGAAUUAGUUUCACUCCUUACAGGUUGUGUUAUAGUAGAACUUGACUUAGCAGACUCUAAUUUCUUGAAAGCAUCUUAUUUAUCGUAUUAGUAUUCUUUAACCAGCCUGGUUAUGUCCAUGCUAGCAUCCUGCUGCUUGGAAGCAUGUGCUACAACAUUUGGGAACCACUGCAUUGGUUGUUGAGUACAGGCUCCUAGAAAGGGAGCUAGGAAUAGGUGUUCAUGGUGGAGCGCUCAACAUUGGUAAUUAAUGACCUACUGGGAAACCUUCUUCCUCUCAGCUUGAUUUUUACCAGUUCCCUUACAGAGUUGUGUAGUACAAAAGAUGAGCAUUGAUGAAAAAGAGUUAUGCCUCCUUCCUGAUGGCUCCAGUAGUCUACUUGUCCUUUAUCAUUUUAGGAAUAUGGAUCAAAGUUAAGAUUGCUAACUCAAGCUCUGCUUUCCAAAUUACUUUUCUUGCUAGGGGGACCAGCCUUAAAGAAAAUUAAAACUCUCUCACCUGCUUCUGACAUUCAGUAAGAAUUUCCAUUACAUAUCUUUUGCAUUUUGGUUAUAACUUUUAAAAACAGUACGUAAAGAAGCUUUAGAAGUCCUUCUGUGGGUGAAUCUCAGCUUUUGAGACAGCCAGGCUCCACGUUUACCUGAAGGCUGACCUAAUAAAAGGAGAGGUGUCUUCUCAGAAUAGCGCCUGUUGAUCUCCUGAUUUAAGGGAAUCUUCUUGCCUGUGCACCUAGCUCAGCUCCAUUUGGAGGAAAAAUUAUAUUCUGUAUUCUUUUUUUCUUUUAUCUACCACUGUGGAGCCUUAUCUUUGUGUAACUGCUCUUGAGGCACAAUGUCGGAUACCAAUUCUCAGCAAAGUAAUAUAGUCCUCAG